AUGGCGCCGGCCCCAUUGAAGAUUUUGCAAGCUAAAGUGGAAUACCAGGAUCAGGUCCCUCUGCUAGACUGCACUGGCAUAGGUACGGCAGUCAUUACCACAGCCGUGGUGCACGAUCAUACUUGCCUACAGGUUGCGGAAGUCUUUUGCGGAGGCUUCUCGGGAUGGUCUCAGGCAUGCUACACGUUCCAGCGAUACCAGGUUCCUGUACACAUGCGCUGGACAUUGGAUGUUGACCCCCACUGCACACCAAUGCUCCGGUGCCGUGACAGCACUUUUCUUGAAAUCAGCAGCAUUGAAGACCUCGAUGGAGUGCCGAGCCAUCGGGAGCACACGUUUCAUAUGUGUGCCGACGUGCAGUGGGCAUGGUGGCUUAGGGUUUUAGGCCGGUUUCCGGUUAAGGCCAUUUGCGUGUCGGCGCCAUGUCAACCGUGGUCCCGAGCCGGGACAGGCUCCGGCCUCUGCAGCCAGGACGGAGAGCUCUUGCUUCGGGUUGCCGACAUUGCGGCAGUUGGGGAGAUCCCGCUGAUACUGCUUGAGCAAGUCGAGUUCUUCCCCAAGCACCAGCAUUACCCUCUGAUAAUGCAGGCUUGGCACGAGUGUGGAUAUGAAGUCCUAUGGCAACAGACUCUUAAUUUGCGGGACGUGCUACCAGGACAGCGCAUGCGGCACCUGAUUGUCAUGAGCCGCCCGGGUGCCGUAUCGCCUUCAGACGUGGACCAAGGUUUCUGGGCGAUGGUGAAACGACAAUCCCUCGCACUUGCUGAUGUGAUAUUCCCGUUACCUCCGCAGAUGCUUGCGGAUUGCCAGCUCCCGCCUGACAUCCUGGCUAAGUACAUGGACCCUUGGCUAGAUUGUGCGGGCGUUUUCGUUGCACAGUACCAGUUUCAGCACGAGCUACCGGAUGCCACAGGUUUGAGGUUCUUCUCAGGCGCUGAGAUCGCAGCCGUCCACGGGGCGGUACAGCCGGUGCUCCUUCUGGCCAGCCGUCACGACCAGAUGCGCUUGCUCGGAAAUGCCAUUGCUGUGCCGCAUGCUGCAGCUGCGCUUGCCCAGGCCUGCCGCUUGAUGCGUUGCCCGGGCGCACCUGACAUGAUGUUAGCGACUCAGUGGUGCCUGGCCGAUCGGCUGCGAUGCUCCACCACUGCUCUGAUACCCGUCACGACUGGCUGGAUCCUCUGCAGGCAAGACCAAAUCCCUCCCGAUGCCCUCCAGGUCGAUGGCCCAGAAGUGUUCGUUGAAGUACUGUUCCACACCCCAGGCCAGGAUGUUGCCACUUCCCUAGCCGCCCCUGCCGGCUUGCCAGUGGCACGGUUGAUAGGAGCUACGGGCUCAGGCGUCCAGAGUGGUCUCUGCACUGUCCUGACGCAUACAACCGUCUACUUAGUAGACCACUCUGGGCCGCGAUCCUGGUCCCAGCUCUUGCAUGUUUUCCGUGCUUUGGAUCCCGACCACGACCCCAACUGCUGCCUCGGUGUGUAUUCCCUGUCGGGGCAACGACUCACGGAUCACAAGACCUUCGGCAGCUGCAUUGUUGCCCUCAGUGAGGACGAAGACGUCCCAGCCUUUUCGCUACGCCAGCUCGCUGCACAUGUGUCCAAGGUUGUAGUGUUCAGGCAGGACGACACUGUGUGUUUCCGGGGUCCCUCUUGCGCAGCGGGUGACCUGUGGAUGGGGUUCCCCUUUCAGCUGCUGUCUGCCCUGGGUUGGGGAUCUGAAAUAGAGGGCUUGCCGCCCAGGGACCACAUACCUGUUGCAUUCCGCCUCCAGCCGCUGCAGGGCCGACCAAUCAUGCCUGCCGACUUGUUGCACAACCAGUGCCGGGUGUGGCUCUUCAUUUCCCAAGUCGAGGACAACACAUGCAGCAUCGGCGAGCCCGCCGUUGAGGUCGAAAUCCAGCUUCUUGCCUGCCGCUUGUGGAUCGGGCGCCUCCCAGGGGCUACCACGCUGCAGGACAUCUCGGACUGGUGGCAAUGUGCUUCCGUUGCUUGUGCACUUCCCGGGCGCCACAGGGUGUUUUCCGGCCCACAUCCCCAUGACCCCGCAGCUACCAUUGCAGAAGUCGCCGCCCAGACCACUGCCAGUGUGAUCCGGAAAACGGGGCACCUCCUUGUGACCAUUCAGCCGCAAAUCAUAGGGGGCGGGGUCAAGGACGAAAACGUGCAGCUGGCAAAAACGAAGGUUGCCACCCUGCUGCUGGACCGAGGCGUGAGCCUCCCUGAAACCUCGGUUACGGCUGAUAAUCUGGUUCCUAAGUUGGGUUCGGCCGCCUGCCUGAAAAUCCUGUCGGGUACUGACACCGCACAGCAAUGGCUGGAGCUUAAGAAUGUAGCCUCCACGGUAGGGGUGCCACUGCCACAGGGUGACAACCGCACAGAAAAAGCCGCGAAGCGGCUGCAGCGAGCCGUUCGGCGCCGGCGGCUCACUGGAUCCCCCGAGGUUCGGGCCUGUGACUUCACACUUGAGGAAGGCUCGUGGGUAGGAAUCGAUGGUGCCCCUGCGGCGAUCCUACAGACUGCCUCCCAUAACAGCGAGGGCGUACUGUUGUUGGAUGCUCGGGAGGCCACGUCAGUCGACCUCGACCUACUGCGCAACAUAGAGUCAGAUGCUCUCUGUGUUGUCAUCCCAGGCCACGAUUGCCCGGACCCCGAGUCCUGCUGCGGGACGAUAAGUGUGCCGGCCCGCCACCGUGCUAGCGGCCAGACCCACCUGCUUGCAGCGUGCUACCAUAAUGUCGGCUCCACCAACUUAGAGCCACACGUACAGCAUGGCACGGACAUCACCGUCACAGGCACCACUUGCUGCACCUUCUCCAUGCACAGCUCUGACUUUGCCCAAGAAGAGUGGCAAGAGGUUGUCCGGGCCCCGGUUCGCACUGCAGCAGAGGCCUUCCGCAAGGCCGGGGUCCACCAGGCCUUCAAUGACCCAUGGAGCCGGCAGUACCGUUGCGACGGCCGCCCAAGCCAACCACACCUUAGUGAUACCUGCAGCUUCAAUGCCAAAGUGACCACCGCGCUGCUACGGCCGCUCCUGCAGCAGUCUGGCUUCAACAGCGUUUUCCUGAUCCCCAAAACCUGGGACCGCCAACUACUGCCAGGCUGGUCAGUCGUUUGGCUCACUGGUGAUAAGACUGACUCCGCCAAACAGGCAGGACUGAUCGCUGAACAGCACGGGUUGGUCAGGUCUCGGGCCAGAUUUGGUGUCAGGGUCCCGGUGGCCUCGUUUGACAAAGUCUUCCGCCAGUUGCGCCCCGGCAUGGAGCCCCCAGUGUCCGUCACAGUUAAAACAAUGUUCAAAGCAGGCCCGUUCCCAGCAGGCACCACAGCAGACGAUAUAGUCGCAUGGGCGGCCAAACUGCAGUGGCCAGCAAAAGCACUUAAGUCGCUAGGCCCCACGUUUUGGCUGCUUGGUGCUGAGAGCCAACCGCCAGCACAAACCACGCGCUUCAACUCCACACCAGUGCUGAUCAGUGAGGUCAAAGGCAGGGAACAGAAGCGCCCGGUGAUCCAGGCGGGCGGCCCUCUGCCUCAGCCGCAACCUGCUGCCCAGAGCAGCCCUGACCCUUGGCUUGAGAACGAUCCUUGGAGCCAAUACAAGGCCACCACGGCCGUUAUGCGUCCACCGUCAAUCCCUGGCCCGGCGCCCCGCUCAACCAGCAGUGCGGCCCCGCCGCUUGACCACCACCUUGCCGGCCGCAUGCAUACCACAGAGUCCCGACUUGCCGAGCUGGAGCAAAACCUUCAGGCCCUUAGGGAUGAUCAGCUCAAGGCUGCCGUUGAACGCCAGCAAGAUCGGGUCCAAACCGCCUCCGAGAUCCAGAGUGUCCGCGGCGAAGUGCAAUCACUGGGAGCGAGCCUCCAACUGCAACUGCAGAGCAACUUGGAUGGGCUGCGCAAUGCACAAAGCCAGCAGGAGCAACAAAUGAACUCCGGGAUGCAAGAGCUGAAAGCGCUUAUUUUGGCUUGUCAUGAGAACAAGAAAGCCCGCACCUGCGAUCACGACCUGUGA